GCUGAAAUCACUUCAAGACGCACUGUAACAGAGCAAUCCUUUCCAAUUAAUUCUCAUGUUUAGCACAGUUAACACUUCAUUUUGCUACAUCUUUUGAUACGAUGAGGUUGAGUCGCCAAUUCCCUCUGCUUUUGGAGAUGUCGUAAUAAUAAUGCCAGAACAGAGCGCCAGUAUCCUCUUCACAGGAAUUUGGGAAUUCCUCAAAUUGCGGAUUUGGCUGUAAGUAGUCUGGCUAACUAUUUUACAUGACCAAUAGGCUAUUGAUAUCUAUCGAUUACUGUGAUAUGUGCAAGCAAAUAUGUUAAAGUACAUACUACAAGGUGAUGGAUAUGCAUUUUAAGACUCCCAAUCUAUCCCGAUGGAUUAUUAACAGUGCAUUUUAGCCUACCCCGUGUCGAUGUAUUCUGGACAGAUAAUGGCAACGCUUCGGACAGUGUGGGUCGCGCACUGCUCAAGGAAAUAUAUUUAGGCUAAAAGACCUGAACACAGACGUGGGUAUCAUUUAUGCGUCUGAUACUGCGACAAUAAGGAAAACAAAUAUAUAGCAUACUUUUUUUUAUCAACAUAUGAGUCGUUUUGAGACGCUAAUAUCAAUACAGCAAUGGAGAACACUGGAAUUGAAGAGGUAAACCAGACACACCAGCAGCACGAGCCCAUCAGUUUUGGAAUAGACCAGAUACUGAACAGCACUGACCAGUCCAGCAGCUGCAUGCUACCCAACCGAACCAGCGACACGGAUUACACGCUCGCCCCAAACGUUUACACCAAUGGCUAUAACAGCGUCUACAACCCGGCAUGCUCCAUGGCGGCUGGGCUCGCUGGUUCCUAUAACGUGAAUAUGAACAUGAAUGUGAGCAUGAACAUGAACGUUAACGUAAACGGAGGGAACGCCGGUGGUGUUAUCAGGGUACCAGCUCACAGACCCAUGCCACCGAAUCCGCAUCCGCCACCUCCUACCCAUCCGCCUUGCCUCGCGGCUGGCAUCCCCUCAGUGACUUCAAUGCCAAGUAUGGGAAAUGCGGCAAACUUUACCUUCCCGUGGAUGGAGAGCAGUAGAAGAUUCGCAAAGGACAGACUCACUGGUAAGAUUUAUGUUUAUGUAGACUACAAUUCUGUCACAAAAUGGGACUAUUGCUUCAUGGAUUUCUCCAUAGGCAUAUCAUAUAUUUUCCAGUGGAAAGGAGGUUCAAACUUCAAUAUAAUUCAUAUAAAGGUCACCUUUAAUUGUUGUUUGUCAGUUGAACCCACAUCCUUAAAAGUAUGCCAUAUGCCUAGGAAAUUUGUUUUAGCAUCUUGACUUUGUCAAUUAUGAAGGCAUGGUAGCCAAUUUUGUGACAGACUCAUUUAUCAAAUCAUAUGUGCGACCGGGCAUAUGGCAUGAUGAAUUCGAUUUUACAUCAAGGCCUGUCUGUAUCAUAUUAGUUAAUUUUAAAGGCAAGUGAAUACUUGCAGGUAUUGUUAAGAAAAUAUCUUAUGUACAUUUCAAUAAUGAUAUGGGUUUAAUGUCAUCCGUUAGGAUUGCGGGAUAACGUUGAUAAAUUACCUCGUGCAUCCUAAUCAAAAUAAUAGCUCCCAUACAAAAUGGAUGACAUGAUUUGAAGAGAUUACUGUUUUUCAGAUUUAUUUCUGAAUAUAAAAUUCACCAUUCAACACCAUCCAAAUGUAGUUUAAUAAUAGCAACAUCAGUAUCAAUAGGCUAUAAUAAAAAAUAAUAGGUUAGCUGUUAUGUCUGUGAGUAUUGCUGUUGUUAAUAGGCUAUUAUUAUUGCUUAUUGUAGCAGUAUAAUAGCAAUAUAACAAUUUACAAUAAUAACAACAAUUAAAACCAACAGUUUUCUAGCAUAUUCUUAUCAUUAUUACGAAACGUUUACUUUUUGAGGCAUAUUAGCUAAUUCUUAGUCAUUGUGGCAAAUAGGCCUAUAGCUUCGUCCAAGAAUAGGAUCUAAAUGUAGCGAUUCAGUCUACGGCAAGUCAUUGAGGAUGCAGUCCUGCAGGUGGGCUACGUAAAUAAUGUUGUCUGUGAUCUACUGGCCUAUUCAUAGUCACUAUCUAGGCCUAUAGUUGUGUCACUAUCAACACCGGACAAACAUGUUAUUUUUUGUGUUUAGCAUUCACGGGGUUAUUUGACAUUUCCCUUUCCGCGUUGAAUAUCAUGCAAAUAAAUGCAAAGCAUCAACGCAAUUCGUGUCCUAGGCCUAUUGAAUAAACGCUGUCUUAUUUUAAUAGAACUAUCUUCAACACAGUGUUGAACAAUUAUCCAGUCUUACGUCCAGCCUAACUGACCCCAUUGAAAGAAAAUAAAAAAGGAAAAUAAUUGUGUCAAAUUCUUUAUAAACUUUGAAGUAUGACAUCUAAACAUUUAGCGUACGGCCGGACAGUUUAUUUCGCCCAUAAACCAUUGAAUUGACAUUGUAUCUUCACCAUUGGGCUGUCAAGGUAAAUUGGAUAAUAUUGCAAACGCUUCACUUAAACUUGUAAACGCUUCAAUGUCUAUAUGACAUUGGCAGGUGUAAUUAAUUAUCUAUAUCAUUCACAAAAACACGUGAUUUCUGCAUAGAAGAAUAAUUAAUCCAAGUAUUGUGGCUGUGAUUGUGAAUAUAGGACCUACUGUAUAUGCCUGCAGGUCCGGAAUCCUUUGACCAACGUUUUUCUCGCAUUUUGGGAAAUUAGAAAAAUUGCCAUUUCUCCAAAAUUAGGCUUAGCAAAAGCACAACAAAUCAAAAUCUGUUAUGCUUCUGUCAUAAUCCUUUUUCACAUAGGCUCUGGUGUUUUCGAUUAGCCUAUAGAAAAAGGCAUUAAACUAAGGGUUACAUGGGCCAUGAUAGGCCUAUUACAUGAUAGGCCUACUGUUUCAUAUUUUCAUAUAUUUGUAGGAUUAUAGAAAGGGGUAGUAGUAAUUUAUAACUGCCGUGCAAAUGAAAACUUAAUUCGACAGGCUGGCAGUUCGAUGGCCUGCUUUUGGCUACAAUGACCAUAACCUCACCCCCACUCGGCCGAGAUAUUCGUUUUUCUGGCAUGACGUCACCACCAUGAAGAGAAAAAUGAAGACCAUCAUGGAUUGGCCCGCAUUAAAUAUUAACAAUGACGUGCUUUCCUCAUUAAUUAUUUGAACCAGAGAACGAUAUGUCAACUGUAAAAUAUCUUAUGUAAAUAUGCUUAUCAAUUUUAUUCAUAGUCACAAAGGGACACUUGUUUCAUUUGGUUUAUCUUUGGUGUUGGUUAUAGCCUAAUCUUCAACCAUCCACCAACAAGACGUUCAUUUUAAGUGAUCACUUUUUGUUAUAAUUGGUGAUCAACAUUUGAGAAAAAAGGCCUAUCUUUUGAGAUUUAUUGAAAGUGCUUAAAGUAGGAUAUUACAGUGUAGCCAUUUGUCAACAUUGUUUGACAUUUAUUUUUUAAAUCACCUAUAGCUAACAUAAGGAUGUUUUUGCCAUCGAUUUUCAUUUGAGUUAAUUAUUUUUUAUUGUAGCAUAGGGGCUAAAUUGUAUUUCCACCUUUAAAAAUAAUUUUUAAAAUGGUAUAGAAGAUGGUAUAAAAUAUAUCUCUUAGUUGCUGGAUGACUUAGCUCAGCAGUCAGCACCUGUCUGUUCGGUUGCCUUAGCCUAAAUUCAUAUCUCAAACCGUAAAGCGUUUCUCUGGAUGCUUGAAAUAGACCUCUCCUUUUUUUUUUAUAAUUCCCUCUCAAAUUGGAUUGCAGCGCUGAAUUUCACCGCAAGUGUCAAAGCAAGUGAAACAGCGAACAGGCCUACGAUUGGAGAUGUGAUAUUCACAACAGACCGGACAUACUCUACCUCAACAGAUUGGAAGGCGCUGUAAGGGAAUACCACAUGUUUCUAUGUUGAUUGACUUCUUGGCAGUUUGCAGGUUUAAUGAAGCAGAGAAGUGCAUAAACAGAUUUGUCCCCUCAAGUCAAUAAACAAAGUUGUUCAUAUGGCUCUAAGUUCUGUAGAAAUGGGCAACUAGGAUACUUCAAAUCGAAAUGUAGGCCCAUUGGCCUGUUGUUGGUAACGUAUAUCUUUACAAUAUCUGCAUGCAUUGCCAUAAAAACGUGUAAAAUAUUGUAAAAGACACAGUAUAAUCUUAAAGUGAGGUAACUGUAAUUUAAUGAAUGGCAUCCAUACCCACAAUAAUUAAUGUAUUUUGAGAUUUUAGCAUUAGGACAGCUGAUUAGUGUUUAUAGUAAUGACAUUAUAUAGCCUACCAUAAAAUACAUUGAUGCCAUGUAAUUACAAAACCACUAACAGAUACUACAGUUGUAAGUACAAUGAAUAAUACGAUGUGAUUACAUUGUACCUGCUUGCUGUACCUGUGUAAGGUCCCAUAAUGGCCAUUGAGGUAAGACUAUGGCUAUACAUCUCAUUGCAUUACUAUAACAGUGCUUUAUCUGUGUCAGAAAUAAUGAUCUUCCCCGCGAAUAAAUUUAUUUAAAGAUGGCGACAGUAAUGGUGAUAUUGACCGGGAAAGCUGAACAGUUUUCUCAGGAAGUUGCUUCUAUUCUCAGCCAGUGUUGCAGGGGCAAAUGGCUCUGUUUUGCCUCAUAGUGUAAUAAAUAGCAAUAUGUUCAAGUUAUAUUUCAAUAUCCCCGUUAGAAUUCUUUAUAUAUAUUUAUUAGAUUGCUACACAGGUAAUAUCCGCAGUGGGGAAGAGAGGCGCUGUCACAGAAAGGUGUUAUUAGGUAUAAGUGGUUUUAUUAUGGUCCCAUAUUCUCUACGGUAUCAUUUUAUUUUUUUAUACGCUUAUGCUAAAUCAUAUUACCCAGGCAUCAGAUUUAGUAUUCUCCACCAUCUCUGUUGUCGUCCCUUUGAGCAAAAUACAUUAGAACAAUUCCUGCAAUGUGUUCUUGAACAUUUUUCUAUGCAACUUUCAAGUGAAAAUAAAAUACAACUAUUGAAUGAAAUCAAAUACAUAACACUUUAACAAUUUUACCAUGUUCAAUUUUAUUUAUCUGGUUUGUGAAAUUCAGUGACCUUGAGACUUUGAGGGAAAUCUGGUCCACCACUCUGUCUCCAUAUUUGGCCUUGCUCAGUUAUGGGAAAUGACAGUAUAUCUUCAAUGAAUACAAUUAUUGUGGUAAUUGUCUGUGCAUGCAGAAACAUUCUGACAACAACUUAUUGAUGUCCUUUGUAAUAUGGGCUGAUUAUUAAACACAAUCACAUCACAUUAUAAAGACUAUUACUGUAAAGAGGCUGACGGCUAAAUUGAACAAACUGCCUUGUUCCAUAAAUGUCUACAGGUUUUGAUGACAGACAGGUGUGUUGUGGGCUCCAGGCACACUGCUGCAUUUAGUGGGAUAUUACCACAUGCUCAGCUCUUUAUUUUGGAAGCUGGUCAAAAAUAGGGACAUCACAGACAACCUAAAAUAAAAACCUAUGGUAUGAUGGCUUUUGUUCUACUGUGACAUUAAUUAUUAGUCAUCAACCAUAGGAAUAUUGUUACAUUUCAAAUGGUUCAAUUGUUUAUGUGGAAAAUCUUAUGUCAGAAUGAAAGUUUGAUUGAAGGUGCCCUCUAGCAAGUUUGACUGGAUGGCAGUCUGUUUGCGUGUUACUCUUAGGUUGCAUGUGAACGUGCUUGUAUGUGCCUGGUCCAUUAGCUUGUCCACAGAUGGCCUGAAAUAGAAGUCUAAUGUGGUAUUAUCUGUACCCAGACCUGCAUGUUGAGCCUGGAGCAGACAUGCUUGCUCCAAAUGUGUGACCUAUUCAUUUCUAUCCUCAGGCAAAGAAGGGUUGGACCCUCUCUAGAUUAAAAAGACUUUUUCAAAACUCAGCACUUACAGUCAAUGUUUACAAUUAUAUUACAAAUGUACCCAAUUUACAUUUUGAAAGUGUAUUUAUUUAUCAUGUGUGAGUCAUUUAUUCUGCCAUUUAUGUUUAUAACUAAUCAGAGAGGUUGGGAGUGAUUUGAAAUGAUUGUUGAGGGCAUUAUGUGGCUUGUGUUUCAUUUGUGUUUCAUCUCAUCUCCAAAGUGCCUCUGUGGAAAAUGUAUUUUGAUUGUUCACACUGAAUCCAGGUUACUAAAUUCUCAACAAGGUAACAUUGGUCCCCCAGGACACCUAUGGAAAUGUUUUCAUAUGCAUUUUGGCUGCUGGUGAGCUCUCUGACAGAACUAGACCAAUAAACAUACUGUAAGACAACAGGCAAACAGCUUGUGAGGAAGAAGGAAGCAUGCUCCCGAUUCCCUUGGACAGAAACGUCUGUUUUACAGGUUAUGGAUCUAGAUGAGUAUAGGGCUUGAGAAGGGCUCUAUAUCCAAACAUAUUAUAUUACAUUUGUGAAUGUUCUAUUUAUUUAUGCCUGACGAAAUAGACAAUAUGGUACAAAUAAUUUACCAUAAAAUGCUUGAGAUAAGUACUUUUCUUUUGUAUCAGGUUUUAAUUAGUAAAAAAGGGAACAAAUGUAGCUUGUACAUAUCGCCUAAUUAUUAUGAAUAACUGGAUAGGUUAGGAAGCUAACUGUAAUGAACUGGCAUCAAACCAAAUGUGAUACUGUCAGCCUAACCAAUCAGCUGAAGGCACUUAUUGUACUAAAUGACAAAUCCCCAUCUGAGAUAAAAGCAAUGAGAGGUACUUCCAGAGUACCCCCACCUGCCCCCCACAGCUCCACGUGGGUCCCUGACUGUGUCUCCCUUUCUUUAGCGGAGCAGGCAGAGGACAGACAAGCAGGAGACCCCAGUGGGAGGCCAGGAGCCCCCUCGGCCCUGCCAGGCCUCUGCCCUCUCCCCAAGGGGGACAUCGGCAGGGUCCCUACCUGGAGCUCUAUGGAGACAUUAGCCAAACACUAUUACCCAGAACUCGCUCACCUGCGAGACACUGGCCCACUUGCAGACUAUCCCUUUCGAAAGGGUACUUGUCCAGGUGAGUCACUUCCCUGGUCUUCUUUUAAAUGUGCCUUUCAUCUUGGCCUGGUUGGUUUUCUCCUGGUUUCCAUCAGGGGUGUUAAAAUACCAAAAUGCAUAGGUCUAUAGGACAUGUACUGAAAAACUGUAUGCAUUAGAUAUGAGAAAAACAUUAAUAUAGGACCGUUUUUACCUUGUAAUCAUAUUACAAGUGGUAAUAGCCAGUGAUGAACCAUUAAAUGUUGGCUAAUUCCUGGUUUAAAAAAAAGAUACAUGCUGAAAUAUUGUGUUGAAUUAGGGAUGGACAACAAAAUCACCCAUAUAAUAUACACUGGUGAUCAUGCAAACUAAAUCUAUGACAAAGAAUGGUAUAAUAUGUCAGAGAAGGUUCUCGCUUGCCCAAGGUUCGUCUCUGAAAAACGAACAUAGUGUCUCUCUCUCUCUCUCUCUCUCUCUCUCUCUCUCUCUCUCUCGCUUGCUCUCUCUCUCUCAGCAGCCCUUUCGCCCUUCUCCGUGACCCGGCGCAUCGGCCACCCCUAUCAGAACCGGACACCACCCAAGAGAAAAAAGCCCCGUACCUCAUUCAGCCGAGUGCAGAUCUGUGAGCUGGAGAAACGCUUUCACCGGCAGAAGUACCUGGCGUCAGCGGAGCGCGCCACCCUGGCCAAGGCCCUGAAGAUGACGGAUGCACAGGUCAAAACCUGGUUCCAGAACAGGAGGACAAAAUGGCGGUAGGGGCCCAUUACAGCAACACAUUACAGUAACACAUUACAGCAACACAUUGCUGCAACACAUUACAGCAACACACUUCUAGACAUUCUUCAACACUUUCAGUGUUAAAGCAUUUUUUAUUGUUACUUUUAGGACAUUCUUUACUUCAAGAAAGGAUAUAUUCUUUACUCAAAGCUGCUGUCCAUUGUUCUUGCUGCCGUAUGAUUUAAGCAUUAGGAUACAUUAGACUGAAGCAUUAUGAUAAAUUAGAUGAAGCAUUAUGAUACAUUAGACUGAUGCAGGAAGUGACACAAAGUAACAACUGUGCAUCCGUUUAAAUAUGGUAUGUGAAUUGCUUUGCUUGUGGUGAGCAAGCUUUUGUGAUGUUUUAUAUGAAUAUACUAUAUUCCUGUGGUAGAUAAUGUGCCCAGCCCAUUUUUUUGUUGUGACAGUGAAACACCUUUUUUGCUUAGCUUAGCUCCUACUUGUUUUUGGAGGCCAAUUCCCUUGACCAAGCACAAUUAGCCCUGUUCUUUAAAGGCUUUCUGGAAAGGUGCUGUCCAAAGCAAUAUUGACCCACUAGUCUGAAUAAUUGAGUGCACUGUCCAUGGCAGAAACUCUUCCCCCUAAUUCACUCAAACUGUUGUUUAUGGUCAUAUGAAAUAAAUGAAUGGACUAUCAAAUUAUAAUACCUUACCUUUAUUUAACCUUGAUGUCAUAUCUGAGUCAUCUUGACUCAUAGACUCUGGCAUACCUUGUAUUAAAAUGUGUCCUGUGAUCAGAUCUGGCGGACCUUCACCUGACAUGGGAAAAGCUGGCACACGACGCAUUUUAAUACCAGGUGUAAGAGUAAAGCCUGAGAUCCUAUUUCAAUAGGUAUUUGUAUGCAAGGUGUCGACACAGGGCCAUGUUUUCUAUAGAAAACAUCAAGAUCUGUUUAAAGGACAAUUAAAUGUAAUGCGACAGUUUGUAUUUUAGUGAUCAGUUACGUCUCUGUUGAAUUCUGAAAUUCAAAACACACAUGAAAAAAAGAACGGCUAGAUGGCAUAUCAUGAAUAACCGGGGAAUUGGCUAACUCACUUUCCUGAUUUCCGAGCUAGUUUUGGUGUGAUUUAUGAUGUUUCCCCAUAGUGUGUAGAUAGGAUGUGCAUGAAGGAUGUAUUUGUGGGACGGCUACGCUAGUAACAAGCAUAUGAUCAAAUGAACAGCAGCGAAAUUGGAUUUGGAUAAUGUAGUUAGCAAUAACGUGUGGCUAAUGAAAGGAGGAUGGUGUGUAUGAAACAAUAUUUUAGAGGUGUUUUUCUGACCCUGUUGCACAUGCAGGCCUAACCAUCACAUGUAAAUACAUAGAGCAUAAUAUCCAUGUAAGAAUGACAUACAUCAUUGUUUUCAUGAAAAUUUAAUAACGGUCAUCCAAAGGAAAUAAAGGUAAAAAUAAUUAAUCAUGGUAGAGUUUUUUUUAAUGUAGUUAUUUUGAACGAUACAGUAUCACUUUUUGAUGGACUGAAUACUUAUAUUUCAGGAAGUAUCUGGCUUUUUGAUUUGAAAGUAGGAUUUAUGGUGACAUAUGAAUAUUUAGGCAUUGUUUAGACAAAAAACAAUCCCUUUUCCCCACUGUGGAACCAGGAGACAGACAGCCGAGGAGCGUGAGGCAGAGAGACAGCAGGCCAACCGUCUGAUGCUGCAGCUCCAACAGGAGGCCUUUCAGAAGACCCUGAGCCAGCCCCUGCAGCAGGACCCCCUCUGCCUGCACAACUCCUCCUUGUACGCCCUACAGAACCUACAGCCCUGGGCGGAGGACAACAAGGUGACCUCCGUCACCUCCCUGGCAUCUGUGGUCUGAACGUGUGUGUGUGUGUGGGGGGGGGGGGGGGGUGUAAUUCAUAAUAAGAAUAUAAUAGUAAUAUUGAUGAUUUUUCUAAGGGAAAAUGUGGGUGGGCCAUUUGUUGGGGAGUGACCACUCAUAUCUAGAUGGAUGCAUAGGAGGAGCCGAUGCCUGAGGCCUUAACAUUCAAAUGUAUUUUAUGUAAAGACUGUUGCAUUGUGGGAUUGUACAGUAAAAUGUUUCGGAUGAUUAAAAUUGACAUUGUAUCCUUAUUUAAUGUGCAUACCAACUGCCAUUAUGGACAAGGAGGAAAGCUAUAGGAUAUGACGUGUUCUCUAUGUAUUUCUUUACAAACCACGUAUUCUCUUUUAUAGAUCAUAUGUGGACUUCUUGGCGUGGACAGACAUACAUUUAGUUCCACUGAAAUGGACAAUGAUCAAUGA